GGUCGUCACAGGCUUUGGCGGGACGUCAUUUUUUCUAUGGUCUCGCCGUAUCAGAAACUGAUAUUUCAUCUUACAAUCACACCUCCACUUCACCUUAUUAAUGGCGAUAACCCCACAAUUACUGCCUCUUUACGCCACCAUCGCCACCGCCACCGCCACCGCCACCGCCACUAUCAGGUCCGAAAGCUCGAAACCCUCUACUGUCCCCUACUCUUCCCUCUCAAGAUUUCCUCAUUUCCCUUCCCUCCUAAGCACCUCUGCCCACAUCCUCCUUUUGGUACCACAUGCCCAUUAAUUAUUUUUUGUUUCUUCUUUCUCUUUUUCUUUGUUUGGGUUAGUUUAUUGCCUGCUCUUUCUUCCCAUUUAUUUAUUUAUUAUUUUGGUUUGGCUUUGAAUCUGAGGCUUGAACUUGAAAGUUUUCUAUUGAACAGUGGUAUCCCUGUUCAGUUCACUGCAUUUUGGUGCUUUCUGCAGUAAAAUUCGAGUUGGGUUUUGACGUUUUGUUGAAUAAAAACAGUGCUUCACCUUUCAUCAUCUGCCUUUUGAAAACAUUUUCCCACAUUUGGCUAUUCAUUAGGUUUCAGAUUCUCUUUCCCUUUUUUGUUUUUUCCGCCUGCUCCCCCGCUCCUCCUGUGUCAGCUCUGAGUUUGGGUUCGAGAAAUCUCGUGGAGCCUUUUUGUCGGGUUCUAUCACAGGUGCUGGGUUCAGUGGCAUUGCCUCCGAACUGUUCUCGUUUUGAACGGAAUCCAACCCCCCCACCCCCCAAGACUUGGAUCCAGGGAGUUCGCAGUAGCAUUUGAGAUUGAUCCUGUGGUUGACACGAUGGGUUUCUGGGUUGAUUUCUAAUGAACAAGGAAGUGGACUCCUCCCAUUGUCAGCAACCAGUUGAUUGAAAAUAAAGUAAUGUCGAGGAUUGCAAAAUGGAAGCUUGAAAAGACCAAAGUAAAAGUGGUAUUUCGGCUGCAAUUCCACGCUACACAUAUUCCACAAACUGGAUGGGAUAAAUUGUUUAUAUCCUUCAUUCCUGCCGAUUCUGGAAAGGCAACAGCAAAGACGACCAAAGCAAAUGUGAGAAAUGGUACCUGCAAAUGGGCAGAUCCAAUUUAUGAAACUACAAGACUUCUCCAGGAUGCCAAAACUAAGAGUUAUGAUGAAAAGCUUUAUAAAAUUGUUGUGGCAAUGGGUUCUUCGCGGUCUAGCUUGCUUGGUGAGGCUAACAUUAACCUUGCUGAUUAUGCUGAUGCAUUAAAGCCUUUUUCUGUUGCUCUGCCUCUUCAUGGAACUGACUCUGGAACUAUUUUACAUGUCACUGUACAGCUGCUAACCUCUAAAACUGGUUUCAGAGAGUUUGAGCAACAAAGAGAACUCAGAGAGAGGGGCCUAACAAAUACUGAUCAAAAUAACCACUAUGAAUCCGCUGAAGGGAAGGUAUCAUCCUCUGAGGAGACUGUUAGUGAUCAGUUGCACAAGGUCAAUGCAAGAGUUAGAUUCAGACCAGGAUCUAAAGAACUUCCUGCACUCGAAGAAGAGGCAGGCCUGACUGAGUCCACUGACUCUGCUGUUGGAUUUGAUGGCUCAUCCAAUACUUCAGAAAGUUUAUAUGCUGAAAAGCACGAGAUAUCCAGUGCACAUAAUAUUGACAGCCUUCAGAAUACAGUCUCUGGUGAUUUAGGUGGACAUUCCCUUAAUCAAAGUCCUCAAACAGAGAAAGGUGAUCUGUCUGAUCAUCAGCUUCAUGGCUGGGGUUCAGACUAUUCCAUGGAUAAUGACUUGGCAAGUGCUUAUGAAGAGAACAUUAGACUUAAAAGUAGCUUGGAAGUGGCUGAGUCAUCUAUUUCUGAGCUUAAGCUGGAAGUGGACUCCUUACAAAGUCAUACCAAUGAAAUGGGGAUUGAGACACAAAAGUUUGCAGAACAAAUGGCUGCUGAGGUUGCUUCAGGAGAAGAACUUGCAAAAGAGGUUUCUUUGCUGAAAUCAGAGUAUUCAAAGUUCAAAGAUGACAUUGAGCUGCUUAAGCAUUCUAAAUUAAGCCCUCUACUUUCUAGCAGCGAAACUAUUUCAGCAUACCAGGAUCACUUAUUUCAAGAUUUACAAUUCAGAGGGCUAAAGGGGCUUCUGAUUAUUGAGGAUAAGUUAAAAGAGCUUCAAGACAAGGCUGGAUUUCAUCAAGGGGACUUUGGGUUUCUUCAUCCAGACUUUGAGGCACUAUUUGGUGUUCUGCAGGAUCUCAAACAAGGAACUGGACAGACGCUUUCUCUGCUGAAGACGUCACAGUCAGAAAAAGCAAAUGGAAAGGAGAUCAGCGAAACAGGUUUACAUAAAAAUGAAAAAUUUUUAUCAGGAGCUGGAUUUGGUACAGACUUGUAUGAGCCAGAAGGCAUGCUUCAUUGCUUUAGCAUCCCUGGCCUGGUUUCUCAUGAACCUGGUUCCAGAGAUGCCAGUGAUGCAAUGAAGGGCAAAAUCUUUGAACUUGUAAGGGAGUUAGAUGAGUCCAAAGCUGAAAAGGAAAGCCUGGCUAGAAAAAUGGACCAGAUGGAGUGCUACUAUGAGGCUCUUGUUCAAGAGCUUGAGGAAAAUCAGAAGCAAAUGCUGGCAGAGUUGCAGAAUCUCAGAAAUGAGCAUUCCACUUGCCUUUACACAAUUUCAUCUACUAAGGAUCAGAUGGAAACCAUGCACCAAGAAAUGAGUGAACAUAUCUUAAGAUAUGCUGAGGAUAGGCAAGAAUUGGAAUCUCUCAACAAGGAGCUUGAAACAAGAGCUGUUGCUUCUGAAGCAACACUCAAAAGGGCACGCUUGAAUUACUCAAUAGCAGUGGAUCAGUUACAGAAGGACCUUGAGCUGCUUUCUUUCCAGGUUUUGUCUAUGUUUGAGACUAAUGAGAGCCUCAUUAGACAGACUCACGCAGAAGCUUUACAACCAUGCUUUCAAGGGUGCCCAAACAUGGCACAGAAUCGUAAGAUGGAUUUAAAGGAUUCUGACACUGCUGCACUCUUGAAGUGUCAGAAUCAAAAUGCAGUGGCAAGGAAACAAUCUUUAGGAAGUGAUAUGCUUUUAGAGGACUUGAAAAUGUCCAUCCACUUGCAGGAAGAGCUUUACCGGAAAGUUGAAGAAGAAUUGUGCGAAAUGCAUGUGGUGAAUGUGCACUUGGAUGUGUUCUCAAAGACUCUACAAGGAACUCUGGUUGAAGCUGCAGGUGAUAUUAGAUGUAUGAAAGAAAAACUGGAUGAACUUACGCAAAAACUGGAGCUCUCAUACAAAUCUGAGGAGUUGUUGAUGCUAAGGCUGCAGAAUGCCAUGGAUGACAUUCACUCCUUGAAUGAACACCAGGCCAAUUGUAUUGCUAGGUCCAAUGAUAUAGCUCUCCAAAAUCAAAAAUUGGAAGCAAAACUAGGAAAUGUCACAAGGGAAAAUUGUCUUCUUAGACAGAAAAUUACAGAAUCGGAAGCCUUGAUGCAGGCUUGUGCUGCUGACAAAACAGAGUUGGAAAAUUUAUUGAAACAAGAAAGUCUAAGAAAUGGCACUUUUCAAAAUGAAAUUUCCUCUUUGGAGGAAGAAUUGGACACUGUAAAAACUGAAUUUGAUGACAUGGCUUCUGCGAAAGAAAAUCUGCAAAAGAUUCUCAACUUUUUGCAAGAUAAGUUGGAAAAUCUCUUGGAAUCUUAUGACGAAAGGCCAAACAAAGAAUCUCUCUGGAGUAAAUCCGUGUCUCAGAACUUGGAGUUAAUGGACUUCAUGGCUGUUGUCUCGCAGUUAGAGGAGCUUCAACAAAGCACCAGAGGAAAUAUUCUUCAGCUCUUGGAUGAGAAGAAAGAUCUGGAGAUGGAGAGAGACAUUGCUCAAGCAUCCCUAAGCACUGGAAAAUCAGAAAUUCUGAUCAUUAGGCAGACAUUUGAGCAUGAUAUGCAGGAGAUGAUGAAUAAAUUAAAUGCAUCCAAUGCUCUUGUGCAAAAGUUGCAGUUGGAACUAGAGGCUAUGGCUAACAGACUCGAGGUUAGAUCUGAAGCUGAAGAAAAAUAUGUGCAUCAGAACACACAGCUUUUCUCUGAUCUUGCUUAUUUUAAAUUUCAGCUGGAACAGGUUACCUCUAAGAACAAAGACCUUGCUCAAGAAAUCUCAGCUCUGGAGACUGUAACUGAGGAACUUGGUAGGAGUAAGUUGACAAUAGCAGAAUUUACACAAGAAAACCAAGUUCUGAUGGCAUCUUUACAGGAUAAAACUGAGGAAUCUGUCAAGCUGGCAUUGGAAGUUAAUAAUUUAAAAGAAAGUUUGAGAUGUCUGCAGGAUGAUUUGCAUGUUGAGAGAGAAAACAGAGGUAAUCUAGAGGGUUUAGUUACAGAAUUUACUCACAAGUUGAGUGAGAAACAUGAUCAGUUGCUCCAUUUUGACCAACAGAAAACUGAAUUGGUCCGUUUCAAACAAAUGGCAUCAGAUUUAGAAAUAGAGAAAUCGAGAUUCUGUGACCUUUUGAAGCACUAUGAGGAUCGCCUGCAACAGGUUCAUGAAGAAUCUUCUUCUAUUACUGGUCUGGAAAGUCAGUUAUCUGAUAUGCAUGAACUUUUUAUAGCUGCUGAUGUUCAAAUCAUCUUCACCAUGCUUCAGUAUGAGGCCCAGUUUGAGGAGCUUGUUCAGAAAUUUCAGUCUUCAAAUAGGAACCUCAGGGAGCUUCACAAGCAGCAUAUUGAUGUACAAAAUAGACUAAAUCUCUGUCUUGUUAGUGAAGAGAGGUACGUUGAAGAAAAUACAAGAUUGUCUUUGACUCUUGAAUCCCUGAGCUCUGAUUUAGAUGCCUUUUUUACACAGAACAGAGUCCUUCUGGAUACGAACAGCCUCAUGAAGGCUGAACUUGAGGAGUACAAGAAUCAAGCUUCAGCUAUGGAGGUCAGAUUUUUGGAGGAUAAAAAUUUACAUGCUAUUGAGCUUGAGCAACUGAAUCACAUGCUAAAAAGUUUUCAGGAAGAGAUUGACAAUCUGACAAUCUCCAACGUUGAACUGGAAACUAAAGGUAUAGUUCUUGAAGCCAAACUGGAUGAACAGCGUGCUCAGUUAACCUCGCAAGAAGAAUGUGACAAUAAGUUAGUGAUGCUGCAGAAUCAGUGCAACGAGCUUACCCGCAGGCUCUCCGAACAGAUUUUGAAGACGGAAGAGUUUAAGAAUUUGUCCAUCCAUUUAAAGGGGCUUAAGGACAAGUCUGAUGCUGAGUGCCUUCAGGCUCGUGAGAGAAGGGAACCUGAAGGUCCAUCAGUUGCAAUGCAAGACUCCUUAAGAAUUGCCUUCAUUAAAGAACAGUAUGAAACAAAGCUCCAAGAACUGAGACACCAACUUUCUAUUUCCAAAAAGCAUGGUGAGGAGAUGCUGUGGAAAUUACAAGAUGCCAUUAAUGAACUUGAGAGCAGAAAGAAAUCAGAGGCUUCUCACUUGAAGAAGAAUGAAGAUCUAUCACUAAAGAUCUUAGAAUUAGAGGCUGAGUUACAGUCAGUGCUUUCUGAGAAGCGUGAAAAAAUCAAAGCUUUUGACCAGAUAAAGGCUGAAUUAGAAUGCUUAUUGAUAAGUCUGGAAUGCUGUAAGGAAGAAAAACAGAAGGUUGAAGCUUCUCUGCAAGAAUGCAAUGAUGAAAAGUCUAAAAUUACAGUUGAACUUAAUUUGAUGAAAAAACUGCUGGACCAUUCCAUGUCUUCUGUGAACGUUCAGAAGGAAGGAAAUGAUGGAUCACAAGAAGUGCAGCUCAUGUCUGGUGAACUGUUUACAGGAAAGGGUUAUCAGAAAAAUCCAGUUGUAAGUACACCUAGCCAUGGAAUAAUAACUAUGAAUGUGGAUUCUGGGAAUUGUUUAAAAGGAAGCCCAUCUAAGUGCUUGGAUCAAGACAGAUCAAUGAACUGUGAAGAGGUAGAUGAGUGCUCAACCGCCAAUAGUGAAGAUGUACAUCCAAACAAGUUCGACAGUAUGCAGCCUGUGCAGAAUUCUGCAAUACCAAAGAGUGUGCAUGGAAUUCCAAUGCAUGCAUUCGCAGAUCAAGGGAAUUUGCUGGUUGGUGAAGGAACACAAUUAGCUGUUAUGGAUGAUCAUUUCAAAGCUCAGAGUUUAAAGUCAUGCAUGGACCACCUACAUAAAGAGUUGGAACGGAUGAUACAUGACAACUCUCUCUUUGCACAAGAUAAUAAUUUUGAUCCAAAUUUUAAAGGUUUACAAAGAGAGUUGAUACAGUUACAUAAGGCAAAUGAAAAAUUGGGAAUUAUAUUCCCUUUGUUUAAAGAAUUUCCAGUCAGUGGAAAUGCGUUGGAAAGGGUGAUUGCUUUAGAAAUUGAGCUUGCUGAAGCAUUGCAAUCAAAGAAGAAAUCAAGCAUCCAUUUUCAGAGUUCUUUCCUCAAGCAGCAUAGUGAUGAGGGGGCAAUAUUCCAGAGCUUCAGAGACAUCAAUGAGCUGAUAAAGGACAUGUUGGAACUGAGGGGACGGAAUGCAGCAGUGGAGAGCGAGCUAAAAGAGAUGCAUGCCCGUUAUUCUCAACUGAGCCUCCAGUUCGCAGAGGUUGAAGGAGAGAGAGAGAAACUUAUGAUGACACUCAAGAAUAUCCGGGCUUCUAAGAAGCCCUUGCAUUUUAAUCACGCAGCGGCUGCCCUUGGGGACCAUUCCUCCUAGCCACAGAGAUGGACCACAACUAAUUUCUUGUGAAGGGUUCCAGAAAUAACUCUGGCUUCAGGUAUUGACACCUCCUUUGCGGCUGGCAUUUACCCUGUAUAAUUAGGUGGAUAACUGUGCUGACUCCAAUGAUUGAACUCUACAAGCUUGGCAGGAGAAGUCUUAGAGCUAAGAGAAUCUUAGGUUGUGUUUGAAAGCAUAAUUUUUGGGCUUUGGAUUUUAAAUUUGUGUAAAUUUGAAAAGAACCCAUGUCGUAUUGUACUGCAUUUUGACAAAACUUACAUAAAAUUCAAAUCCAAAGUCUGAAGUUAGGCUUCCAACAUGGGGUUAAGUGUAAAUAAAAGAUUCACCAGGUUGCCAUUUCUAAUGUCAUAAAGAUAUAUCUAAUGUCAUAAAGAUAUAGUAGAUUCCUGUGAUAUGUCAAACAAAUUUUUUUUCCUCGUUACUCGCCCUCUCUGGAAACUGGUGUAAUUCUUUGUGCUGUAUAGUAAAUCAAAAUUCUUCUUUUGCUACC